AUGUCUGGGCUGAUGCGUACCUCAUCACGUUCGGAGAGUGAGAACCAUUUCUUUGGGCAGUUUUGCAACCCGAACUGUACGCUUGUUGAAUUCUUGGGGCAUUUUGAUUCUGCAAUUGAAGCCCAAAGACACGAGCACAGGAAGAAUGAUCAUGAUACUAGGCAUACGAACCCCCAAAUAUUUGCAAAAGAGUUUGUCUUAGAACAACAGGCGGCAAACAUAUACACAAGGACAAUUUUCUUUGAUGCGCAACUUGAAAUUCAGACAGCCAUUCACAACCGUGGUAUUGGAAAAUGGGAUGAUAGAGAGGAUAACUUUGUGAACAUCUCUGUGAAGGACUUUUCUCAAACGUGUACUACAUUUUUUCAGGUUAUGAUGCGGCAGCUAGACAUGACCGUGAGUUGUUCAUGCAAUAGCUAUGAACAGUUUGGGCUUUUGUGUGCGCACAUUUUUUGCGUUCUGCGGUUUCUUGAUAUCAGGCAGUUCCCUGAAAGGUAUAUAAUGCGACGGUGGACCAGGGAAGCUGUUCCUAAUAGUGCCCCUGGAGCGAUAUUGGGGAUUAGCGAAAGUGAUGAUCGGUACCAGCAAGUUAAUGGUGUCGUAAGGGAGAUAACAAGGUCAGCCGAGUCUCUUAUUAACAGGUUGGUUCAUAACUUUGAUGCGCUGUGCGCUUUUAGGGACCAUGUUGUCCAGUAUCAAUCGACCGCUGAUCAGGCAGUCGUAAACGCACCCCUAGGAGUCGUCGCGAUAGGUUUGCUGAAAUAA